CUUGAUCGUAUCAAAUUUAUUCUUUCCAGUUACCUGAGGACACGCCUUGCAAAAAUUGAAAAAUUUGGACCUCACCUGCUGUAUUUAGAACAGCGGGAAUUAAGCGAUCCCAACCAAAUGUCAGAUGAGGAAAGACGGUUUGCUCAGAGAUAUACAUCAAGUAUGAAAAAUUAUUUGCAUGAUGCUGCACUGAAGCACAUGCCAACGAACAUGCAAUCUUUGAAACUUGAAGAAAUUGGUUGCAAGCCACAAAUGAAUGCGUCAGUAUUUAUUAAAGUAAAAAAUGAAUGUAGAGGUGUCCGUAUAGAAGAAUUUAGUGAAUAUGGUGAAGAAGAAGUGAUAGAUUUGACUGAGGGUUCUCAGCAUGUUCUGAGGUAUAAACCAAUUGCACCAUUACUAAAAGAUGGGUCUGUUCAACUUAUAUAACUGUUGCAGUUGAAAAAAUUGUUUAAAAAGUGAAAAUAUGUUCAGACUUUUAGAGAAAUUUUGUAAUAAAAGGUUAUUUAAAAUGACAUCUAGUUUAAAAUAAUUUCAGGGUAGUCAGUAAACGGAUUGGCUAUAAAUGGCUAGUGAUAAAAAUGCAGGAAAUACUUGUGUGGCAAACUGCUUUAUUUUUUCACAUAGUUCCCAUCCACGUUGAAACACUUGCACAUGGCUGCAUAAAAGUCUUUGAAUUGCUGUUGAGGGACCUUUUAUUCAGUUCCUGUAUCAUUCACAGAAAGUAUAUUAUUAAGGUUAGGCUUGAAAGGGAAAUCUCUUGAGGCAAAGCCAAGGUUGAACAGAGACUGUUGAAGAUGUUCCUUCUUGAAUUCAAAAGAUGCUUAUCGAUUGUUAGUGCCACUUGAGGCUUGUCAUUGUUGUGAUGGGGGCGCUGAGAUUCAGUAGACCCCUCAUUUCUGUAGCUUUGGGCAAGAAUUCAGUGAAUUGUAACCUGAAGCUGCAAUGUUACAUCGCAGUAUGAUGUAACAGUCACAUUCAUUCUCACUGGCAAUAAGGUGUAGCAGAAGCGAAGCUACGGUUUUCAGUGCCCGGGCACAACUGAAGAAUUUCUUCCUCUUUCUGUGUGCCAAGAAUGGAAAACAUUUCAUUUUAAAAUUUCGUAACAUGAAUUUUGUGCUCCCUGGAUGCUGCGCCCGGGAACAGAUGUUCCCCCUUGCCCCACCCUAGCUACGCCACUGAGGUGUAGUCUUGAAUUUCUUGGUUGAGACUGAAGAUGAAUAUUUCCUUUGUAUUGAAACAGGCUUUAUUUCUGAUUAUCAGUGAAACAAUCAGAUUCAUUCCCUGUAAUUAUCUUGGUAAGAAUGUACCUUCUUCUUGGCAUACUGAAAGAGAUGUUUCCAUGAUAAACGCAUGCUAAUAGUUUCACGUUUGUUAAUCAAUCACCUAAGAGCCCACUUCACCCAUAAUUUUUGAAAAAUUGAACUGAUCAUGUGCCAUACUAGGAGAUGGCAACAUCUCGGAGAACAUCUUAUUGUAAAAGCAAAGUGAUAAUUUGUUAUACAGCUAGCUUCUUGAACUGUCUUCAUGUUAUGGAAUUUUUUUGCAUUGCAGCCUGUAAAAGCUACAUAGGCUGGCCCGUGUUUAAUGGGUAUGCUGCAUAUAAUUUAUUUACUGACUUUCCUUCUUUAUAUCAAAAUAGAAAUAAACUGUUUAUGUUUUACAUUUUACCUUUAUAAGCACAUUAUGAUCAUACUCCUAAUUAUGACAUGGUUAGAUGAGCAACUCGAGGCAGUGUUAUCCCAUAUUAGCAUGUUUUUUUGUCAUUUGUUCCAUGUUGGUAAGAAUAUCAGUUUUGAUUCAAACAUUUUGGCGCAGUAUUUAUUCAGUUGUAUUUAUGCCAUCAUUUACAAAAUUUUCAUUGACCUGAAAAUUUCAUUGUUAGAUAAGUAUGGAUAUUGCCUCAACUUUUUUUUGUGUAGCUGUGGAAAAUCAUUCUGAGCAUGCUCAAACUGAAAGGCUAAGCUAAGACAAUUUUUGUCUUCUUUUUAUUAAAUUAAUUUUUAAUAUGGGCAAAAUUAUUAAAUUUUUACAUGUAAAAAAUAUUAUCAUUUGAAACUGGGUGAUAAAUUUUAAAUAACCUUUAUUGUAUAAUGUGAAAUUUAAGGUAUCACUGACUGCAUAUUGAAUAUUGAAUAAGUUAUUUAUUUCUUCUUUUUAAUAGACAGUAACUAUAACACUUUCGCUGCUGGUCAUUUGAGGUUGUGUGUAUAGUUAUAAACGUGACAUAGAAGCAGAUUGAACUCAUAUGCCAACUUAUUAUGAGAAAUAUAAUUUAAAAGAAGUAAUAAAAGAUUGUUAUCACGCACCCUUUAAUUUUAGAAAUUUUAUGACUAUGCAUCAGCAUGUGGUUGGCACUAGAGGUAAAGUUAUCUUCCCAAUGCUGCAUUAUGUGCUACCAUGCAGCAUUUAAAAAUGAAUCAGCAUAAGAAAAAUAAGUAAGAAUAUGCAUGAAAAUAAUGCAUAUUCUUACUUAAUUUUCAUAUUUCAUAUGAAACUGUAAACUAUAUAACAAACACAUAUUACAAGUUAGUUACAAUGAUAUUAUUACAAAUGAGUUUAUUACUAGUUACAAUAAUAUUAUUGCAAAAUGCAUAUUUCAGAAUAUUAUUGUGUAUUGAUCUUUUGCACAAUCUAAAUAAUAGCUGGAUAUCCUUUACAGAUUUUGCGGAUAGAGAUGGUAUUUUUACAUUUUCCUUGGGAAUAGCAACUUUUGCACUGCUUUCAUAUUACCUUCCCACCUUUCUUUUCUUCUUGCAGUAUGAGCACAUGUUCCAGUUCACAUAGAUUACAGGUAGGAGCAUUAAGAUCAGAUGGCUGUUUCACUAAACAUCUUAUCACCGACAAAUGUCUUAAAGUGACAUAUUUCUAUUGCAAUAUUUCUUAUACAUGAACUCGUCAUAAUUAUUUGCAAAAUAGAAGAAAAUACUUUGGUAAGUUACCAAUUGGUUUUCUUUUCACAUGAAUAAUAUGCAAGCAUUUGAUCUUGCUUAUUAAUGCAUGGUUAAGUUCAUUAUAUUAAAUUACCAAAAGUGGUUUUGAUUUCAUGUCACCUUUUUUGUUUGCCAUUUCUAGAAUAUCAAUUUUGUGUUCAUUAGAAAUGUAACUGACUUCUCUUUUAUCCUUCCAUUUAGCAAUCAUUACAUUAUGAGCAUGCUUUGCUACAGUUUGCCUUUCUUCCCCCCCCCCCCCCCCAACUUCUUUCGGAAAUGUUUUCUGAUUGUUCCAGCAGAAUAUAUUUUUACAUCUAGCAUCAUGCAUCCAAAAUAUCAUGGGCGUCUUUGGGAGGAAAGCAUUCGUAGUCAUUGUCACUGUCCUAACUAAAAUCACUCAGGUGAUCAUACGAUAGCUCCGUUACAGGCUUUUUAUUUUGCACAUUUCUUUUCUUUAAACAUGAAGACUCUGCAGAACUGUCAUCUGUACACUUGUGUUACAAGAUAAUUUUUUCAAUAAUUAUUAAUGCAAUUAAUUCAAAACCACAUUACAUUUGCAACUAAAUUCUAACUUUCCUUCCAUGUCAAUACCAGUAUACAUAUUCAAAACGUAAUGCCGAUUGAACUGGCAAAUAAACAUUGAGGCAUAUUUUUUCCUGCACAAGAAUGAGAUUGGCACUUGAGACAUCAACUCACAGGAUGUGCCAGUGCAUGCAUGGCUUUUCAGUGAUAAUGCCACAUCUUGCGCCAAUGUGUGAUCAGCAGCAAAUGAGUUAAUUAUUGGAAUUAUUUAUUAGAAUUAAGGUGAUACUGAAACCUAAUUUAGUUCUUUUAAAUUUAUAAUUAAAAGUUAAAUAAAUAUUCAGAGCUCUUGAAUUACAUAAUAUUUUAUUGUAUUAUUUUUCAUUUUAAGUUUUUAUUGUGUUGUAUAUAUUUAGAUCACCUUUUUUUUUUUCAUCUCAUUAAUCAUCAUCAUGAUUAACCUAUAUAUGUUAUUUGUUGAAUUUUGGGCUUCCAUGUUUUUGAAUUUUUUUUUUUUUUUUUUUUUCAAAUCAUUUCUAAUAUUCUGUAUCUUAUAAGUGCCUAUUUGCUGCUCGUGUAUUUAAUGGUAUGCAUCAAUUUGGAAAUUUGCUUCUGUAAUACUUGUUCAAUAGUUUUUAGAGUUUUUUUGAAAUAAUUAGUAUUAUUAUUAUUUUCAAAUUGUACAUUGUAAAUUUGUUUAUUGAUUUUCCGAUACAAGAAGAAUUUAGUAAAAACAGUGAUAUUUAUCCAAUUAUGUCUAAUUUCUUCGUUUUUAAUUUACUUGAAUUUAGAUAAUUUUUUUUUUGAAUGCAGCUUUAGAAAAAUUAUUGUUCAUUUCAUGUUAACGGAAAAACAAAUGCUAUGAAGAAAACUUUGAUGGUAAAUUCUUAAAAAGAGGUAAAGCAGAUACAAUAAUUUUUAAAUGAAAUUCAUAUUAUGAAAAUCUUGUCUUGAUUUUAAGUGUUUUAUUUUUAUUAUUGUUAAUUCUGAAUUGUUUUAGUCCAUUGCAGAGAUUCAUAUAUCUCGUUAUGAAAUUCUGUAAAUUAUUUUUAACUAACAUUUGAUUUGUAAAUAAUUUUAUUUAGUUUUGCUUAUUCAUAAAUGGUAUUUUGCUAAGUUUGUCUGGGAAUUAGUAAGUUUAUUUUUGUCAUAUAUAGAAUACUUUGGUAAAUGGAAGCUUUUCCUCUGUUUUUAGAAUUUUACCAUUGUAAAAUUUAAGUAAAGAAAUAUAAGGUGGAAUGAAACUAGCAAAGAAACAAAGCUUAAAAUCUAGAUUAAUGAAUUAAAUAUUAUAUUAAUUUAUUUUGCUUCAAAAUCACAGUAUAAGCAGUUUAGUUAUCUAAAAUAUGUGUUAUAAAACAAUUUUAAUUCACAUUUUUCUGUCUGGUGUAAUAGCAUCACUACUUUGUGUGAAAACAUCGAGAUUUUUCUUGUUUCAGAAUUGACAACUAUAACUACAGCAAACAAGCAUGUCAAGCCAUUAAUUAUAUUGCAAAAUUUAAAAAAAAAAAAAAAAUUCCUAGAGGCAUGCAAAAUCUUCUCGUGAGAUGGCUAGAAACCUAACAUUGUUUUUGGCUACCUAAGUUCAAGGCAUUGUCAGCAGAAGAAUAAAGAAUGUACCAACAAUUAUAUAAUAGUAACUAAAAGUUUAUCUGAAUCACACUUAUGUUUGAACUUGAAAUCAUGUAAACAUAAAGAACUAACUUGUGAAGAAAUGCAUAUGUGGCCUAACAUAUCUCAUAUCUUAUUUUAAUUCAGUUAGAUCUUAGAACAGGUACAGUCUAAAGCAAUGCUGACAUUCCCUGCAUUCUGAUAGUUAUGUAUUGCUAGGCCUCGUUAACUGUUCUUCCACAAUUUUGAUAGAGAAAUGGGGAGGAGAGUGGUCAGAGGGUUUCUUACCUCUCUUCAUUUACCACCAGCCUCUCAAGAGGACACUCUGUUUACUGCUUAUUUUGAGUGUUCCCUUGUCACACAGAUUGUUAUGUGCUUAAAAAUCUCCAUGCCUUCUCCGGAAUUCGAACCCAGGCCUGUCAGUAUGGCAGUCAGCAUCACUAGCCAUUGUAUUGGCUGGGCAGCUGAUGCUUAGAAUAAUGCAAUUCAGGGAUCCUUCUGUUUUCUCUUCUUUUUCUUACCCUCUGGAAAGGCCUUAGUGGCUAAAAAGUUAGCUAACUGCAAAUACAGUUAGGUGCAAAUGCAGGCGAACGGCUGUCUGCAUAAGGAUUUUGAUGGUUUUUCCCCAUGUGUAAUGAGAACGCAGACCAAUUUCCAUUUGAAAGUCCUACAUGAAGGCAUCCCUUUUCUUAGACAAAAAAAAAAAACCAUCAUGUGCUUUGUGAUUUUCAAGUAAUCUAACCGUUCAAUCAUUUCAUUACUUUUUAAUUAUUAUUUGGCAAUCCUAUAAAAGUCAUUGAACUAAUAUUUUUCAUUUUUAAUUAAUGCAAAUAAGUUUAUGAGUUUAUGCUACAUGCCAACACUGAAGUCUGCCUGUGUUUUCUGGAAUGUGAAUUCUGUAAAAUUUUGUAAACAAGUUCUCCAUUUUGAAAAAAUUAAUAUUGGCCAAUACUUUUUUCUAUAAUUUGCAUGAAAAUGUUUGUCACUUAAUUUCGUAGAAUUAGAAACAUUUUUCUAGGCUGACAUUUUAUUUUUUGUUAUGUACACAUGCAAAUAUUUCACAUUUCAAUUUGUGUGUAACCCUUAAAUAUGAUCUUGAGCUUUAAUAUCAAGUAACUUGGUCAACUUUUGCCAGACAGGAGACAUACUUUUUAUAUUUUUUUUAACAAAUACUAAAUUAAUUUACAUAUAAGUAUAAUGACUAAAAGAACAUACAAAAAGUUAUAUUUCAUAAUUUUUACAAAAUUGAUUUCUUCAAAUUCAGAAUUGCCAUAAUGGGAUAUUUAUAGCAUUAAAAAUACUUUUGUUACUGGAAGUAUAUGUAUACGACCAAUGGUUGCAAAAAUAAUAGCUGGGUAAGCACUUUUGUGGACAUGGUGUAUAAUAGAACAUAACAAUGUGAUGCAAGUGAUAGUAAUUAUAUUAAAUAUGCAAUAAUUUUUGUUGUCUACAAUAAACUGUUUGAUUUUUGAGUCCUUAAA